CUUUCCCCUUCAGGGCUGUGGCUCCAGGACCACUUCCUCCUUCCUCACUCUGAAGGAGGGAGCAGGCCUGCUGAGCUCCUUGGAAAGACCAGAGCACCUUCCAGAUGCCUUAGCCUGUCUGUGACCCCAGGUGGGAGUGCCCGAGGGUGCCAAUUGGAGGCCUCCCUCCCUGUUUCAGGGGUAGCUGAGGACCACCCCAGAGACCUGCAGAAUGGAGGGAGAGAGUAAGGAGAAGCUGGCAUCUGUGUCCAAUCUGGUGACUGUGUUUGAGAACAGCAGGAUUCCAGGAGCAGCAUCCAGUGUCAGCAAGCUGGAGAUUGAACAUCACCACCCUGGAUGCAGGUCUCCCCCACCCGCAGAGCCAUUGAAGGAGCCUAACCUUGGGGAGACCCUGAAGGGGUCUGAGCCCAGGAUGGUCAGCAGGAGGUACCUGAGCUCCCUGAAGAACAAGCUGUCCAGUGGGGCCUGGAGAAAAUCUUGCCAGCCUGGGACCGACCCUGGGCCAGGGACACAGGAGCCUGAGGAAAAGAGGAUCGUCCAGGAGCUACUGGAGACAGAGAAGGCCUAUGUGGCACGCCUUCAUCUGCUAGACCAGGUGUUCUUUCAGGAGCUACUGAGGGAAGCCCGCAGCAGCAAGGCCUUCCCUGAGGAUGUGGUCAGGCUCAUCUUCUCCAACAUCUCCUCCAUCUACCAGUUCCACGCUCAGUUCUUCCUCCCGGAGCUGCAGCGGCGACUGGAUGACUGGACAGCCACCCCCCGCAUCGGCGACGUGAUCCAGAAACUGGCCCCAUUCCUGAAGAUGUACAGUGAGUAUGUCAAGAACUUUGAGCGAGCUGCUGAGCUGCUGGCCACCUGGACUGACAAGUCUGCACCCUUCCAGGAGGUGAUCACCCGCAUUCAGAGCAGCGAGGCCUCCGGCAGCCUGACUCUGCAACACCACAUGCUGGAACCCGUGCAGAGAAUCCCACGCUACGAGCUGCUGCUCAAGGAGUAUGUUCAGAAGCUGCCAGCCCAGGCCCCAGACCGGGCCGAUGCUCAGAAAGCGCUCGACAUGAUCUUCUCAGCCGCUCAGCACUCCAACGCGGCCAUCAGUGAGAUGGAGCGGCUGCAGGACCUGUGGGAGGUGUACCAGCGCCUGGGCCUCGAGGGCGACAUAGUGGACCCCUCCAACACCCUGCUCCGCGAAGGCCCUGUCCUCAAGAUCUCCUUUCGCCGCAGCGACCCCAUGGAACGCUACCUUUUCCUGUUCAACAACAUGCUGCUCUACUGUAUACCCAAGGUCAUCCAGGUGGGCGCCCAAUUCCAGGUGAGGACCCGCAUCGACGUGGCUGGAAUGAAGGUGCGGGAGCUGACGGAUGCAGAGUUCCCCCACUCCUUCCUGGUGUCCGGGAAGCAGCGCACCCUGGAGCUGCAAGCCCGGUCCCAGGAAGAAAUGAUUUCCUGGAUGCAGGCCUGCCAAGCAGCCAUUGACCAAAUCGAGAAGCGGAAUGAAACCUUCAAGGCUGCGGUCCAGGGCCCAGAGGGAGACACCCAGGAGCAGGAGCUGCAGUCCGAGGAGCUGGGCCUCCGGGCGCCGCAGUGGGUCCGGGACAAGAUGGUGACCAUGUGCAUGCGCUGCCGGGAGCCCUUCAACGCCCUGCGGCGCCGCCGCCACCACUGCCGAGCCUGCGGCUUCGUGGUGUGUGCCAAGUGCUCCGACUACCGGGCUGAGCUCAAAUACGAUGACAACCGGCCCAACCGGGUCUGCUUCCACUGCUACACGUUCCUCACCGGAAACGUGCUCCCGGAGGACAGGGAGGACAGGAGGCGGGGCAUUCUGGAGAAAGGGUCCAUGACAGGGUCUGAGCAGAGCCUGAUGUGCAGCUUCCUUCAGCUGGUUGGGGACAAAUGGGGCAAGAGCAGCCCCCGGGGCUGGUGUGUGAUCCCCCGGGAUGACCCCCUGGUCCUCUAUGUCUACGCUGCCCCUCAGGACAUGCGGGCUCACACCUCCAUCCCCCUGCUGGGCUACCAGGUGACUGCUGGGACCCAGGCAGAUCCCCGGGUCUUCCAGCUGCAACAGUCAGGGCAGCUUUACACCUUCAAGGCUGAAACUGAGGAGCUGAGGGACCGCUGGGUGAAGGCCAUGGAGCGGGCGGCCAGUGGCUGGAGCCCCAGGGGGCCCAAGGAUGGAGACCUGUCUGACUGACCCACAGCCGGCCACUCUCCCCUUAAGAGCCAGGCUCCUGGCACGGGCUGACCUGCAGCCUCUGUGAUCCACCACGCCAGCCUGAGCUCUCAGAUAACCAAUUUCCAGGGGCACCUGGAUGACUCUGUAGAGCAUGCGACUUUUGAUCCCAGAGUCAUAAGUUUGAGCCCCAUGUUGAGUGUAGAGAUUACUUAAAAAAAUAAACUAAAACAAACAACCAAUUUCUAGUCAUUGGCA